UUAAUCGAUAACUUUUAUCGGCCAUGUAGCCGGCGAAUUUGUUUACAUUUGUCUAACAAUUAAGCAGCAUUUAAAGAAGAGGUUAAAAGGCAGAUCUUAAGUGGUAUUCUUACUUACGUACGUUCUUCUGGGAGUCUUCAAAAUGAGCGACAGCGAAUCAAAGGCACAGAAGGGGUCAAAAGAAGAGGACUCCUGCCAGGAUCCCGAAUUGGAUGUGUGCAGCGAGAAGUUCAAUCCUCUUCGUGCCUUAUACGAACCCAAUUACAAGGUGACGGAUGCGGUUCCAAAAGUUCUGUACCAAAACCUGGCCGCCUUCGAGAGUGCUCUCAAAAAGUUCGGGAUCUGGCAGUUGAACAAGAGGCAGAAGGCGAAAACUGGAGGAGGAGCCGGAGGAGAUCAAGAAGCAGCAAAAAAGGGCAGCACUUCCACCAUGUCUGCCAACAUCCUAGAGCCUCCUCAGCGCCGCUUUGAGCUCCAUCAGAUGCCCACGACGAGCAGCUCGAAGAAGAAGCAUCAUCGCAACAUUUUCACCUAUAUGGAGGCGACUGUCGGUCCGCUGGAACUCCUCAGGAAGUGCAUACCCUUGGCCGGCCACAAGGAAACCACCGAAAGGAUACGAGUCCGGGUGGUGCUCCGCAAGCAGGGAGCGAUAGGCGGCAGUGUGGAGGGUGAACUGGUGGCCUUCGACAAGCAGUGGAAUCUCCUCCUCAGAGGAGCCACCGAAACAUGGAAGCGGCGAAAGUACAAUUACGGAGAGCAGAACAUAUGCGACACACCUGUGGACUGCAGCGAGCGACUCAGGGAGCUGGGCAUCACUCUGCCCCAGACUCAAGUCAAAAGUUUGAACCGAAAGAACGUGGAGAUAGUGCGGCAUCUGCCACAGAUCCUGAUACGAGGCGAAAACGUGGUGAUAAUAAGUUUAAUAGCUAAGGAGACAUAGUAUAUAGGUUGGAUUAAGUCUUAUCAAUAAUCAGGUUCAAUUUAUUUGUUUUAGUACCUGGAGGAGAUUUGUUUUCUUAUCAUAAGUGU